UUCAUCACAACUCCUCACAAGUAUUGCAAUUCAACAUUUUUAUGAAUUUGUAGAGAACCCUAUAGAACGAAUGAGAAAAUUUACAAUUCCAAAUGACUUACUUGCCGCUCUACAUUUUGUAAAUGGAGCUAGAAUAAAUCUUUCUGCUGGGAAAUUAUUUAAAAUAAUUGAGCCGAGGAAUGGAAAUUUGCUUGCUGAAUGCAAAUCGGCUACUGGACCUGAUAUUACGCUUGCGGUACGAGUCGCUUCUGGAGCACAAAAGGAGUGGGGGAAAACGUCGUGGAUUGAUAGACAACAAAUUCUUAAUAGAACUGCUAUUCUGUUGAGGUUGUUUUAG